AGGGACUCUGUUAGGGUAGAGGAGGCUCCAGUAGGGGCUGGCGGCUUGCACAAAACUGCACCCUCCCCCCUUUUAGUGGACUCUGCUGUAGGCCUGUGGAUCCCGCCAAAUCCCAUUCUCGGACCCUAGUCCUAGCUUUUGUCCCCCGAGUUGUGAUCUGGGGACUUGGCACUAGGUGUUGCCUGACAGGAUCUCGGAACGUGUUCAGGGACCGGACGUCUCGGGGUGGAGAUCCUGCUCUUCGCCAACUCUGCCACCCCAGACCUCUUGGGAUCGUGCUCUUUGGGCUCUGGACCCCAUGGCUGAUAAGAAACUGGUGGUGGUUUUUGGAGCCACAGGUGCGCAAGGUGGCUCGGUGGCACGUACACUGCUGAAAGAUGGGACAUUCAGGGUUCGAGUGGUAACAAGGAACCCUGAGCAGAGAGCAGCGAAAGAGCUGAAGCGGCAGGGUGCUGAGGUAGUGCGAGGAGACCAGGACGAUGCAGCUAGCAUGGAGCUGGCCCUGACUGGAGCUUAUGCCACCUUCAUUGUGACCAAUUACUGGGAGAAUUGCAGCCAGGACCAAGAAGUGCAGCAGGGCAAGCUUCUAGCCGAUCUAGCCAAACGUUUGGGCCUCCAUUAUGUAGUGUACAGUGGCCUGGAAAACAUCAAGAAGCUGACGGCUGGGAGGCUGGCCGCAGGACACUUUGAUGGCAAGGGGGAAGUGGAGGAAUACUUCCGACACAUCGGCGUUCCGAUGACCAGCGUGCGACUGCCUUGCUAUUUCGAGAACCUCCUUUCCCAUUUCCUGCCCCAGAAGGCUGCAGAUGGAAAGAGCUUCUUGCUGGACUUGCCUAUGGGUGAUGUCCCCAUGGAUGGAAUGUCUGUGAGUGACCUGGGCCCCGUGGUGCUCAGCUUGCUGAAGAAGCCAGAAGAGUACAUAGGGCAGAACGUCGGGCUCAGUACCUGCAGGCACACCGCAGAGGAAUAUGCAGCUUUGCUUAGCAAGCACACUGGCAAGACCGUGCUUCAUGCCAAGACAACUCCUGAAGAAUACGAGAAGCUUGGUUUCCAGGGGGCUCAAGACUUGGCCAACAUGUUCCGUUUCUAUGCCCUGAAACCUGACCGGAACAUUGAUCUGACCCUGCGACUCAACCCCAAAGCCCAGACACUGGACCAGUGGCUGGAGCAGCACAAAGGGGACUUUGCACAGUUGUGAUCUUGAAGCACUCAUGUGAGGAACAAGAAGCACAACACCCUUUCUUGUGUACAGUUCUGUGUUUGUUUUUUCCCCCAAAUAAAGCCAUUGUUCUCUCA